AAAGAAAUGCACUCAACCUCAAUCAAACGCGAACAUCGACUGACCUCCUCACACUGUUUUCAUGGUAACCGUGAGUUAUUUCUGUCCCUUUAAUGUUACCCUGUGGACUUAAUGGCAACUGAACACUAAUAAUUCACCGUCUCUAAGCUAUAAACAAACGCUUUUGCGUUCAGUCAACGGUGAAGCGUGUAGAAAUGGAUUAAUUCUUGGUGUUCGGCAGUACUUGGGUCCUUGGUACUGUUUCCCUCAGGCAAGCGUUAUUAUGCAACGGCUUUAAUCCUUAUUAGGAUUAUGCACCACUGGCAUGACAACUAAAACGUGAAACUAGUGUUAUGUCUCAUUUGAUAGAAAAAUCGGAAUUUCAGCUUUUUAAUAAUGUAUUUAUGAAGACGGGAUGCUGAAGUAGUGGUUCGGUCACAUGGCUGUGUUGGAUCAGUAGUGGCGGCUGACAGCAGCGAGGCUCCUGCUUUAAUACACAGAUACCAAAAUAGGAGCGCGACAUUCUCCAGAGGCUGACGCUAAAUACAGGGGCCACAUGUCUGAUCUGUCCGAGCACGAGCCGCACUGUUGGGGAUAAAACCUCUACAGCGAAGAAAGGACGAGCUUUGUCACUCCGUCAUCAUACGGGUAAGUUGCAAUGUCAGGAAAAGCUCAAAGCGGUUACUCCUACGAGUUCUGUGAUGCCUCUCACUCCUCUGAGGUGUUGGAAGCUCUUCAUGAGUUUCACAGCAGUGGUCUGUUCACAGACGUCACCCUGCAGUCUUCAUCCGGAGAGCUGUUCCACUGCCACAAGGCUGUCCUAUCAGCCCGCAGCUCUUAUUUCAGGGUAAUGUUCACCUUAGACAUGAGAGAACGUUUGAACAACACCAUCACCCUGCCUUGCAUAAACGGAGAGAUUCUGGGUGCUUUGGUGAGCUACGUCUACACUUCAAAGAUCAGCAUUACCCAGAACAACGUCCAAAGUCUUCUGGAAGCCGCAGACCUGCUGCAGUUCAACUCGCUCAAGAAAGCCUCCGAGAGCUUCAUGAUUCGUCUGCUGGACGUCGAUAACUGCCUCGGGAUGCACUCGUUCGCCGAGGUUCACGUGUGCUCUGAUCUGCAGCACGAGGCUUUGAGGCUCAUACGGAGUCGCUUUGAAGAGCUCACACUUCAGGAGGAGUUCCUAGAGGUGGAUUUCCAAAAGCUCAUGGGGAUUUUAGAAACAGAGAACCUUAAUGUGUGGAAAGAAGUGACUUUAUUGGAUGCGGCGGUCAAAUGGGUCGCCCAUGACACGGCUCCUCGAAUAAACCACCUUCAAGAGCUUCUCAAAUGCAUCCAUUUGGAAGUGGAUGAUGCUUGCAUCAAAGCGGCUUUGGAUCUACGCAAAUGUUGCUCUGAAAGCAAAUUGCGAUCUCUGAUUCGUACCUCCUUAAAGCAGAGCAAAGGUUUCUCACAGUGCUGCAAAAAACUAACGUGUAGCUUGUAUGUUAUUGGUGGAUAUUACUGGCAUCCGUUGUGUGAAGUACACAUGUGGGACCCUGUUUCCAACAAAUGGGUUCAGGGCAAAGACAUGUCUGAUUUUGAAAGAGAGAGUUAUAGCGUGGCACUUCAAGGCCCUGAUAUCUAUGUGACCGGAGGGUACAGGACACAGACUGUGGAUGCUUUAGACAGCGUGUGGAUUUAUAACACAGACUUGGAUGAAUGGACAGAAGGACGUCCCAUGAUCACAGCCAGAUACUACCACUGCUCGGUGGCUUUACGUGGAUGCAUAUACGUUAUUGGUGGAUAUACGGCAGGAGCUCCUACUCCAGAAACUGAAUUCUAUGAUCCUUUGAAGAGGAGAUGGUUUCCUGUAGCUGAUAUGAUACAAGGCGUGGGAAAUGCAACCGCUUGUGUGGUGAAUGACAGAGUCUAUGUAACCGGAGGACAUUAUGGGUACAGAGGAACCUGCACUUACGAGAAGAUUCAGACUUACCGGCCAGAUAUCAAUGAGUGGAGCAUCACAACCAUAUGUCCACAUCCUGAGUAUGGCCUCUGCUCGGUCUCCUUGAACAAUAAGCUUUAUCUGGUCGGCGGUCAGACCACCAUCACAGACUGUUACGAUCCUGAAAGAGAUGAAUGGAGACAGAUGUGUGCGAUGAAGGAGAGAAGGAUGGAGUGCGGCUCGGCUGUUAUAAACGGGUGCAUCUAUGUAGCAGGUGGGUAUUCAUACUCUAAAGGGACAUAUCUGCAGAGUAUAGAGAGGUAUGACCCUGAGAUCGAUUGCUGGGAGAUAGUGGGAAACCUCCCAUCAGCUGCACGCUCGCACGGCUGUGUUUGUGUGUUCAGUGUGUGAAAUUACAGCACAGUCACUAUCCAGUGGGGUCUAACUGUCUGAGACUAAUUUCAUUGAAACAUAGAAAUGAAGUGUUAGAGCAAAGUGAAUAGUAAAGUGAAUAGGCAAUACUUUAGGAACUAAUUCAGGGUUCCUGUCAAUCCUCCAUUUCAAAAUUCCAUACUUUUCCAGUAUGGAUUUCUGUGGGUUUUCCAUACUAUUCCAAACAUUUCAGUGGAUUUUUUUCAUAUUUUUCCAGACCACAUUUAACACCUGAUAAAUGUAUUUAAAAUCCAGCUGUUGACCAUAUUUGAUAUUAUCUUGCCAAAUAAUUGCAGGAAUUGUAGCCAUGUACAAACAC